AUAAGAACGACGCCACUGGGGGGGCGGGCUGAAGAGGAGCGCAGGCGCACUGUGUUGCGAGUCUCGGGACCCCUUUCCGAGAGACCAUGGCGCUUAACAAGAAUCACUCGGAGGGCGGCGGAGUAAUCGUCAACAACACGGAGAGCAUCCUGAUGUCCUAUGACCAUGUGGAGCUUACCUUCAAUGACAUGAGGAAUGUUCCAGAAGCCUUCAAAGGGACCAAGAAAGGCACUGUGUACCUUACCCCUUACCGGGUCAUCUUUCUGUCCAAGGGGAGGGAUGCCAUGCAGUCCUUCAUGAUGCCGUUUUAUCUGAUGAAGGACUGUGAGAUCAAGCAGCCUGUGUUUGGCGCAAACUAUAUCAAGGGAACUGUGAAGGCGGAAGCAGGAGGCGGCUGGGAAGGCUCCGCCUCCUACAAGUUGACCUUCACAGCAGGGGGCGCCAUUGAGUUUGGACAGCGAAUGCUCCAGGUGGCGUCACAAGCCUCCAGAGGUGAAGCCCCCAAUGGAGCCUAUGGGUACCCUUACAUGCCCAGCGGGGCCUAUGUCUUUCCCCCACCAGUCGCCAAUGGAAUGUACCCCUGCCCUCCUGGCUACCCCUAUCCACCGCCCCCACCUGAGUUCUAUCCAGGACCUCCCAUGAUGGAUGGAGCCAUGGGAUACGUGCAGCCCCCGCCACCACCCUAUCCUGGACCCAUGGAGCCUCCAGUCAGCGGCCCUGAUGUCCCCUCCACUCCUGCAGCCGAGGCCAAGGCCGCAGAAGCAGCUGCCAGUGCCUAUUACAAUCCAGGCAACCCACACAACGUCUACAUGCCCACGAGCCAGCCUCCGCCACCUCCCUACUACCCCCCAGAAGACAAGAAGACGCAGUAGACUCCGUCCGCCUCCCUGCCUCCCGUCCUCAUGGCUCUUUCCUCCCCCUCCCCGUGGGGCUGGUUGCAUCUGUGCUGGGGGGUCAGGGAGGACCUUGUUCUCCCCAGGGCUGAUGAUAAAUAGUGACCAGGAACUCGUUUUUUGGGAAGCGUGGAUUGGCACCCCCGCUUCCCAUGCCGGCUCUGCCAUGGCUUCCUCUCACCAUCUCAAGCUCUCAGGAGCACAGCGUGUCCUGUGGUUCCUGUUUCACUCUCCUUCCCACGGAGGGACUCUCUGGCCGCCGCCUCCACCACAGCGCAGCCCCCACAUUCUGAUAGGAAUUCUACACUCAGCCUUGUGAGCUUCAUGAGACCAGCCAUGUGUCUUCCCUGCCUGUUUCGCCAGGGCUUGCUGACAUUCCUCCCGCUGGUCUGUGUCUGACCCUGGAGGGCCACUGUUCUGACAGACGUCAGCUCACAUUCCAUUCAGCCCGGCCCAGCCCCCAGCCGCCCCCCACCCUGUCUGUGGGCAUUCUGUUGCCACCCCUGGCUUCAGGGGCUGGACCGUGUUCCGGGGUUUGGGGACAUUAGGGGAAAGACCCCUACAGCCAGGGAGGAGGCCCCUCCGCUCUCUGCUAGUGAUUGUGGAAUUUGGUUUCCCGCUUAUCUCCUUUCCAUCUCCACGCGGCUUCCUGUUAGGAGCCGUGGAGCGCAUGUCUGUCCCGUGGUGCUGUUCGGGGCUGCGGGGUGGGCUCAGAAGCAGGCUCCGCCCUGUGCGCCGACCACCACAGCCGCAGGCCCCCCAGCCUGUCCUCCCUGGAUGCAGGCCCUUCAGCCUCCCUGUCCAGAUGCACGAAGAUUUGCUCUUGAUUGCUUCCAGACUGGCCACAAAGUGAGAUGGUUGUUUAAAGAGAUUCCGUAUUUAUUUGACAAAAAAUUAGUUAAUAUAUUAAUGUGAAAUAAACCCUAUUUGCACCUUGAUUUGUUUGCUAAAACUGUGAAAUAGUAAAAAUGAAGUACUGACUC